GGAAUGAAAGGAGAGAAUUGGGAAAGAUCUGAAUAUAUAAAUGUCGAAGAAGUCCUCGAUAGGAAUCCAUCAUCAACACAUCACAUCUUCACAUCCAACAAUCAAUCAACCAAACAUCACUUUACAGUAAUACAUACCAACUUAAACAAUAAUCAACAUGUUCUCCAAGACUUUCAUCGCUACCCUCCUCGCCAGCUCUGCUGCUGCAACCCCCAUCGUUUCGGCACGUGCUGCAAGCGAUGCUUUCGGCCUCAUCUCCAUCAGAUCCGGUACUGAUCUCCAAAACCAAGCCAUCACCGCUAAUGGAGGUCGUCUCUAUAUCGGAAAGGAAACUUCCUCAUACUGCCCUGAAUCCGUCGGCUCAGCCUGCCCUGAAGGUACUUCUACAACCUUCGUCUCUGGUGGCAGCACUCUCGGUUUGAACACUGAAGUUCCAGGAGGUCAACAAGUUUACAUCGGAACUGAUUAUUCCGUAUCAUACACCCAACCACACUCCGCCGACACCCACGGUGGAGUCGUCUCUGGAUGGACUUACACCGCUGGAGAGAACGGUUCCCUCGGAUCUUUGUCUUUCCCUGACUACGGAUUUAUUGCUUGCCGCGAAGGUGACGGUGUUUAUGCUGUCUUCCUUACUCCUGGUGGAUCUGGUACUGGAAACUGCACCGGCAUCGCUGUUGCUACUGUCCCAUACACCGGUGAAGGCCCCUCCGCUUGGGAGUACGCUUAGAUCAAGAGUGGAGUGGAGGAUUAAGGAGGAGAAAGGUGGAGGAUCUGGAGCAUGAAGUUGUGAAUAUUUUGUUUUCUGAUCAGUUCUUUGGCGACAUUGCAACCUUAUUGUAUUUAAAUAUGUAUAUAUCUGCUGAUCAUUCCUUACGGCAAUGAUAUAUCCAAUUAAAAAUUAAUUUUCGAAAAA